UGUUAUGUAAGUACUUAGAUAGUACUAACAGUGUGCGACUAAAAAACGUAGGUGUUUCCUUGUACCCAUUCUGCGCAGACAAACAUUUCCCCGUUCGUAACACAGUGCCGGCGAUUUAUGCGCAUCGGAUGUGUUCCUGUUGCAUAUCGUUGAUUUGAUUACGCAGUUACGUAAUUUUUGAACCGCGGACCGACUGGCUAAUGUUCGUUGCAUCGAACUGUUCGAUGCAACGUUUUAUAUGUUUGAUUCGAACAUAUAAGACGUAGGAGAACAUAGCGGAUACAGGGCCGCCAUCCCUUGCGCCGUGUUCCAUCACUAUGGAAGCCCGGAAUGUAAACGCGUUAUGUAUUUUUGAAUCAUGGCCGCGUCAACAUCCUUCGCGCAGUUACUCGAUCUGGCCAUCAGCUCCAACGACCCUGGUGCCGUUAACUUUAAUAUUCUUCGCCGGAUCCUUGGCGCCCUCCUCCAGGAGACCAAUCUCGCGUCCCAAAGCGCUCCGAUCCCGUUGGAACAUCAUGCCACCGUCACCCCCACCGCCGAUCAGAACCUCCUGAGGCGGGUGACCAGGCUUGAAACCACUUUGCAGUCUCUCCUAGCCACGCCCACCAAUCAGGAGCUUUUCGAUCAGGGCACUGGGAAGACCACGCCCCGUCGCCCCGUGGCGGAUUUGUACCACAACCUAAAACUGAUCGGGCGGAUCGAUGCGCUGGAGGGCGCCGUGGAGAAAGUGGCGUCGUUGGUCGACGACCUUAUCACCCAGGUGUCGCGGUUCGAGAAGAACACGGAGGGGUUGAACGGGGAGCUACAGGAGGCGCUGAAAAAGGUCAACCGUCUCGGCGUGCCGGAUAUUCCCCAGGCGGAACUGGCGACCUGGCAGGGGAUCCUCAACGCGCUUCAAGGGACGGAUUUGAAGACGAUCGGGGAAAUGGCGAAGCGGAAGCACGAAGAUGAGGUUCCUGCGGUGAAGAAGCAGAAGAUAGAGGAAGUACCACCAGCGGCGCAAACCGCCAAGGAGUUAGCGUCCCCGAUUCUUCAGAAAUUGAGGGUGGACGUCGACGGGCACGAGACGCGGCUGACGGAGAUGAAAACCGCGAAGGCCGACGAGAAGACAGUGGCGGAGCGGUUUAAGAAGGCCGCGGCGGAUCUCGCGGAACAGACGCGUCGGAUCGAGCAGGCCGCCGAGGAGAUUAAAGCCGUGAAGGCGGCGCACGAUGAGCUCACCGCUUCCUUCCAGGUAUUCGCGGAGGAGACGCGGAAGGCGGCGCCCCGAAAAUCCUCGACGUUCUUCAGCCGGUCGAGCGUUUCCAGCGUCCCCAGUAAACCCUCCGUGCCGGUCGCCCCGGGCCGGAGUACCCAAUGCGCACUGGUUGCGGGGGAGACGUGCCCGUUCGGAAUGCAUCCGGACGUCCAUCUCCCGCGGAUGGACACCCUGGGAACGGAUUUGGAGGGUCUCCGGCAACAGUACGACAAACUGCAGCGGUUCGUGGAUGAACAGAUUAUCAUCCUGGCUGAGAAGCACCACAGCCUGGAAGCGGAUAUCAGUGACGUCAUCCAGAUGUUUAAGGAACGCCGGCGCCCGCACCUUAAGGUGGAGCAACUGGAUAUGCACUUGGUGGAGAAGAUGCUGGACGACUACGACCAGGUCAUCGUGGAUAUGAAGAACUACGACGUCAUCGGGAAGGAGCUACUUCAGAAGACCGACCGCCUGUUCCUCCUGUGCAACGAAUUAAAGCGCACCAAGGCGGACAAUCGCCUGAUGAAGGACUCCCUGGACUCGAAAGCCGAUGUCGAGGAGGUCCGGGAGAAGGUCGGAAAAGUCGCCAUCGAGGAGUUUAUUCGUUCGUCCGGUGCCCAGAUCACCGCGCUCUCCCGGCAAGUAGAGCGCAACGAGCAGAUCAUCAAGACGGAAGUGGGAAAGCUCCUGGAGACCAUGAGCACCCGCGCCAACCGCACCUCCGUCGAUCAGUUACGGAGUUUCGUCCAGAACCUCACCGACACCCUGGAGGAUAAACUGGCUGAACGAAAUCCCGUACGAUCGGCCGCGGGGACUGGUUACGGCGCCCUGCACUGUCUAAGUUGUGGGGACACUAACGUGGUGGCCUCAGGACGUCCGGACCCGGUGCCGGCCCCGGCGUACCAUCCCACGCGGGACUGGUACUCGCAGUAUAAUGCUUUCGGGCGGAAUGUCCAUCCGGAAGAAGGGGAUCUCAUGUACCGACCGCGGUUUGAUAGUAUCGCUUUGCGGAGCACGCGCACCGGGCGGCGGGUUAGCCGGCAGCGCGGGUACGCGGAGGUAAUUGAUCGGCCGUUCCAGGAGCUGCGGGGGAAAGGGAAUGUGCAGAGCCCCAAGGGCGGGAUAUGCGCAAAGGGUACCGUCAAAAAUAAGCGGUGAAGAUGAUUUUAUGGGGGUAUUGCGGCUAUCCAUUUUUCAUUUCCGCCGUUUUGUGUGUUUUACGAUUUUAGUAUGUUUUGAAAUUUUCUCUUUUUUUACUUUUUUAAACGUCUUUUGCUGUUUUCGAUUUAGUUUUUUUAAUCUGCUUUAGAUAAUACCAUUUUUUAUGCUUUCUGGAUUUUACUUUCUUUCCAUUCUUACUUUGUUAACUUCCGACGCCGUCUGAUAAUACUGUGGUUACCUAACUAAUUUUAAAUUUCUGGAAUUGUACCUUUCAAUAAAUUUGCGAAAACAUAUACAGUCUUUAUAUGUCGUAUUCGCAAAAUGUUUGGGUAUCGAUAAUCGGUUAAGUCUGUUUUGAGUGUAAAUUCCCUGAUACUUAUCAGCCUACUAAAAAUUAUUUUAGUGUUCUACGGACUGUAUUCAUCGUUUGUUAAUGCAGAAAAUCCUCUACGUAGA